AGGCCAGCUUAGUGGCAGCCGACCAAUGGGCGCGCUCCAGCGAGGGCUCUGCAGCCAAUGGCGAGCCUCCACGCAGGAGUAACGGAGGGUAUAUAAGGGCGGGCGGCGCGGCCUGGGCGCUUAGCGGCAGUUGGCGGCGCGGUCGGUGUCACGGGCGGCGAGGGGCGAGCGGCCGGUAUGAGGCACCUCCUGUGGGCGCUGCUGGUGCUGGGCGCCGCGCGGGCGGACGACGAGGAGAAGAAAGAGGACGUGGGCACGGUGGUGGGCAUCGACCUCGGCACCACCUACUCCUGCGUGGGCGUUUUCAAGAAUGGCCGGGUGGAAAUCAUUGCCAACGACCAGGGGAACCGCAUCACCCCGUCCUACGUGGCGUUCACGCCCGAGGGGGAGCGUUUGAUCGGUGAUGCCGCCAAGAACCAGCUGACGUCCAACCCCGAGAACACCGUGUUCGAUGCCAAGCGGCUCAUAGGCCGCACCUGGAACGACCCCUCGGUGCAGCAGGACAUCAAGUACUUGCCGUUCAAGGUUGUUGAAAAGAAAGCCAAGCCCCAUAUUCAAGUUGAUGUUGGUGGUGGACAGACAAAAACGUUUGCUCCUGAAGAAAUUUCUGCUAUGGUCCUGACAAAGAUGAAGGAAACCGCAGAGGCUUACCUGGGGAAGAAGGUUACUCAUGCUGUUGUUACUGUGCCAGCCUACUUCAAUGACGCUCAGCGUCAGGCCACAAAGGAUGCUGGUACUAUUGCUGGGCUGAAUGUGAUGCGGAUCAUCAACGAGCCAACAGCUGCUGCUAUUGCUUAUGGAUUGGACAAGAGAGAGGGUGAGAAGAAUAUCCUCGUGUUUGACUUGGGUGGUGGGACUUUUGAUGUCUCCCUCCUCACAAUUGACAAUGGAGUCUUCGAAGUUGUGGCUACUAAUGGAGACACUCACCUGGGUGGAGAAGACUUUGACCAACGUGUUAUGGAACACUUCAUCAAACUCUACAAAAAGAAAACUGGGAAAGAUGUCAGGAAGGAUAAUAGAGCUGUGCAGAAACUGAGACGGGAAGUGGAGAAAGCAAAGCGAGCCUUGUCAUCUCAGCAUCAAGCUAGAAUUGAAAUAGAAUCCUUUUUUGAGGGAGAAGACUUCUCUGAGACGCUUACUCGAGCCAAGUUUGAAGAACUGAACAUGGACCUGUUCCGUUCUACGAUGAAGCCUGUCCAGAAAGUUCUGGAAGACUCUGACCUGAAGAAGUCUGAUAUUGAUGAGAUUGUUCUUGUCGGUGGCUCUACUCGCAUCCCCAAAAUACAACAACUCGUUAAAGAGUUCUUUAAUGGGAAGGAGCCUUCUCGUGGCAUUAAUCCGGACGAGGCUGUAGCCUACGGUGCAGCUGUUCAGGCUGGUGUUCUCUCUGGGGACCAAGAUACAGGUAACUACAUCUUCACUCACACUUUGUAUCUGCCUCAGAUUGCUCUUCACAGUGGCGCACUCUGUCAAAGAGGAGCUGAAGUCGCUCACGUUCUGCCCCUUGACCUGUCUGUUACAGGUGACUUGGUACUGCUUGACGUGUGUCCUCUGACACUUGGUAUUGAGACCGUUGGCGGGGUGAUGACUAAACUGAUCCCAAGAAAUACUGUUGUUCCCACAAAGAAGUCUCAGAUUUUCUCUACAGCUUCUGACAACCAGCCGACUGUGACGAUCAAGGUCUAUGAAGGUGAGCGUCCCCUCACCAAGGAUAAUCAUCUUCUGGGAACUUUCGAUCUGACGGGAAUCCCUCCUGCUCCUCGUGGUGUCCCACAGAUCGAAGUUACCUUUGAAAUAGAUGUAAAUGGAAUCCUCCGUGUCACAGCUGAAGACAAGGGCACUGGGAACAAAAACAAGAUCACAAUUACAAACGAUCAGAAUCGGCUAACACCCGAAGAGAUCGAGAGGAUGGUUAAUGAUGCUGAGAAGUUUGCAGAGGAAGACAAAAAGCUUAAGGAACGUAUUGAUGCCCGCAACGAGCUGGAGAGCUAUGCCUAUUCUCUGAAGAAUCAGAUCGGGGACAAAGAGAAGCUGGGUGGCAAGCUGUCAUCUGAAGACAAAGAAACAAUAGAGAAGGCGGUGGAGGAAAAGAUUGAGUGGCUUGAAAGCCACCAGGAUGCGGAUAUCGAAGACUUCAAAUCAAAGAAGAAGGAGCUAGAGGAAGUUGUUCAGCCCAUUGUUAGCAAGCUCUACGGAAGUGCAGGCCCCCCUCCCUCGGGUGAAGAAGAAACAGCAGAAAAGGAUGAGUUGUAGAUACUGGCAUCCCUGAAUGUGGUGUGUGUAUAUAUUGGACUCAGGAACACUUGUUUAAAAUAUUGGACUCUUAAUUUGGAAUGUAACUGAAUCUUCACUCGUGAGUGGAGCUGGAAAUGCUAGCCCGAAGUGGCUGUUUACUGCUUUUCGUUAGCAGGUGCUUGAUGUCUGGGGAGGGAAGGGCAGCGGGGGGGCGUGUAAAUGAGAACAGGGGCGUAGAAGUACUGGCCAUGGAAGCGUUCUAUUUAACAAGUCGGUCAUGUGAAGCUGGUGGAGAACUUUUCUACCUGAAGUGACCACAAUAAAUUUGUUAUUUACAC